AUGAAUUUCUUGGGGCUGCGGUCCAAUCAGACUGCAGCUUCCGCGCCUGCUUCUGCUCCUGAAAUUCAGAAAGAGGUAACCCACCCUUUGAAACGUACGGCAACACUUGAGGGGCUCAUUGCCGAGGAUCCGUUCCCCGACACUAUGUUGGCUGGAAGUCGAAAUGGAGAAACUGAAGGUUAUAAUUACGAAAAUGGCAGCUUUGAACACUCUAAUGGAAAAAGUGACUCUCAUAUUGAAGGCGGUCAUAUUGAUGUUGCUGAAGGCGAAGGAUGGAUAGCCAUUCCUUACAAGGAACUGCCAACUGAUUGGAGCGAAGCUCCAGAUAUAUCUUCAUUUCGCUCUAUGGACCGAUCUUUUGUUUUUCCAGGUGAGCAAGUUCAUAUACUAGCUUGUUUCUCACCUUCUAAGCAGGAUAUGGAAAUUAUAACACCAUUCAAGGUUGCUGCGGUGAUGAAUAAAAAUGGGAUUGGAAGAAGUCCUAACAAGCAGAAUGCCAGCGUUGGUGGUGAUGGUGAAGAUGUGAAUCUGAACAGUCCAAGCAGAACUCAAGUUGAUUCUCAAAACUAUAUUACUGAUGGUGAAUCUCUUCUUAGGAAAGAAGACCGACGAAGACAGAUCGAAACAUUAUUGCAUAGUUUCAAUCACUCUCAUUUUUUUGUUCGAAUUGCGGAGUCAGAUGAGCAGCUUUGGUCUAAAAGGAGAGCUUCCCAAGCAACUUUGGAUUCUUCUGAGGUGGCCGAAAAAUUCAAUAUAGGAGGUUCAGAAAAUAUGUCCACGAGAAAGAAGAUUUCCUUGAGUGCAAUAGUGGAUAAAGGAGACACUCAUUCCAGCAUUACAGGUGGGCUGGCAAGAAAUGCUAUCAAGUGCCACGCACUAUCGAAUGGAGAUAUAGUGGUGCUUUUACAGAUAAAUGUUGGUGUUGAUUUGCUGAACGAUCCUGUACUUGAAAUUCUUCAAUUUCAGAAGCAUCAGGAUAGAGGUUUGACUCGUCAGAGUGAUGGUAGAAAUCUUCUUAAUGUGGAUCAUGAUCCAUGUGGGGAAUUGUUAAGGUGGUUGCUUCCGUUAGAUAAUUCAAUUCCUCCUCCAUCUCGUCCUUUAUCACCACCACUACCACAGCUAAGUAGUAGUUCAAGCAUUCGCAGCACAUCUAUUAAGCCCAGUUCAUCUGGCUCAUCCGGUUCUCAGAUGUUCUCAUUUGGCAACUUUAGAAGUUACUCUAUGUCCUCCUUGCCACAAAACAGUUCUCCAGCUCCACCUGUUACAAUUCCCAGUUCCAGACCAAACUUCGAAAUUGAUGAGAGGGAUCAAUUUUCGUUUCAGAAAAGUGAAUCUGGUCAAAAAAGCCAGAAUGAGGGGCUUUUAUCAUUCCGAGGUGUGUCGUUGGAGCCAGAAAGAUUUUCUGUGCGCUGUGGUCUCGAAGGCAUUUAUACACCAGGAAAACGGUGGAGGAAGAAAAUUGAAAUAGUUCAACCUGUAGAUAUCCAUUCUUUUGCUGCUGAUUGCAAUACUGAUGAUCUUGUUUGUGUUCAAAUAAAGAAUGUUUCUCCUGCACAUACACCAGAUAUUGUGGUAUAUCUUGAUGCUAUAACCCUCGUCUAUGAAGAAGCUUCUAGUGUUGGUCCACCUUUAUGUUUCCCAAUUGCCUGCAUUGAAGCAGGGGAUGAGCACAGUUUGCCCAAUCUGGAGCUCAGGAGAGGUGAAGAACACUCCUUCAUUCUCAAACCAGCAGCUUCGUUAUGGAAAGCUACUAAGAGUUGCAACCAAAAAGGUUCUCAGAUAUCAAGUUUACCUGGUGGGAGUGCAACAUCAUCCUGGCGUCAUUCUUCGUAUACUGAAUUAAAACAAAGUGGAUCCUCUGCUGAUCAUUAUGCCAUCCUCGUGUCUUGUCGCUGCAACUACACUGAAUCAAGGUUAUUCUUUAAGCAACCUACGAGCUGGAGACCUCGUAUUUCCAGGGAUCUUAUGAUCUCUGUUGCUUCUCAAAUGUCAAGGCAAACACUUGGGUCUGAUGGAAGAGUGGCUCAGCUUCCAGUUCAGGUGUUGACUCUUCAGGCUUCAAAUCUGACAUCUGAAGAUCUAACAUUGACAGUUCUUGCUCCAGCAUCAUUUACUUCACCUCCUUCUGUGUUGUCAUUGAGCUCUUCACCGUCAUCACCAAUGAGUCCCUUAUUCAAUGCUUCUUUCUUUACAAACGUUAAUACUGCAAGCAGUAUCAGUGCUGGGCAUAGUCAGACUUCCGUACUGGAUCAUGUUCAGAGAAGUGAAGCAUUUCAGUCGAUUUCGCUCACUGAGCAAGACUUUGCCAUAUCUGAUGUCCUUCCUAGUAGUGAUGUAGGUUGUACACAUCUCUGGCUGCAGAGCAGAGUGCCUCUUGGGUGUGUGCCAGCUCAAUCUACAGCAACUGUCAAGCUUGAGGUACUUCCUUUGACGGAUGGAAUCAUCACUCUUGAUUCUUUGCAGAUUGGUGUCAAGGAGAAAGGGAUUACCUAUGUACCGGAGCAUUCAUUGAAGAUCAAUGCUACCACGAGUGUUACCACUGGAGUAGUCUAA